AUGAGCACAGCUACAGAAGGGAAGAGCAGACAAAGCAUGGAAGAACAGCGAGAGGAGGAAGGGGAUUGGUGUGGCGCAUGCUCUCGUUAGAUGCCUUCUGUGGGAACUUUGCAUCUGUAGUAAGUUAAACAGCAUGCUUGGCUGUAACAUCAACAUUUUAAAUAUGCAAAAAUCCUAUUAAAAUAUAUGCAUUUUCACUCUAUUGACUUUUGUUUAUGGAAGUGUCAAUCGCGUUUAUUUAUUCAGGAACCUGACUGCCCUCAACAUGUCCAAACCUCUGAGUGGUGCUCAGAAGCGGAAGAAGAAGCAGGAGUUGGAGGAAAAAAUAUGUAGAAUUCCAAAAAUAACUGGUUUUCUUUUACCUACAAGUGGAUCUUCUGCACAGCCUUCUGCGUGUGGAUCUUCUAAAGAACAUGCUAGUACAUGUUCUCAGGAAGAGAUUCCUCCUCAAAGUGUAUCAGAAUAUGGCUCUGAAGUCAACACAGUGGAUUCCUCUGAACAGCCCAUGUCACUAGAAACCACUCCAGUUCCCAUGGAAGUUGAGAAACCUAGCUUCCAUACUGUUGAAAUACAAGACGCAACUGCUGAAGCAGUUGAUAUACCGCCAAAAUCCAUGGAAAAGUCAGGUUUCCUAACUGACAUUGGUUUGUGGCCCAACUCAUCUACUCUUGAGAUGCGGGAGUAUUGGUCCAAAAAUGGAAAUUCGUCAGUAAGGAAACCUCUGGAAAAACUGCGCAAUGAAGGAUUUCCAAAAUCAUUUAAAGAUGGACGUUGCUGUACAGCAGAUAUGUUUCUUCGUAACUGUCCCAAUGGGGACAAAGUUGAAAGGAAGUGGCUUUGUUACUCAAAUAACACAGGCCGAAUAUACUGUUUUGACUGCAAAUUAUUUAGUUCAUCAACAAAUGCAUUUUCCAGUGAUGGCUUCAGCGACUGGAAACAUGCCAGUGAACGAAUUUCAUCCCAUGAACAGUCUCAACAUCAUAUACGCGCUGUGAUUGAUACAGCCAAAUUUUCAAAACUGGAAGGUCGGAUUGACUAUAAAAUGCAACAGCAAAUUGAAGAGCUGACCACCUAUGGGCAAAACCUAGUAAAACGUUUGCUUAGUGUCAUCGUUUUUCUUGCUGAGAGAGGAUUGGCUUUUAGAGGUGAUGAUCAGACUAUUGGAUCCCCACAUAAUGGCAACUAUCUCGGUAUUUUGGAAUUACUGUCAGAGUAUGACGCUUUCCUAGCACAACACAUCCAAACAAAGGCAAACAAAGGCAAAGGAUGUACAAGUUAUUUAUCAGCAAAUGUCUGUGAGGAACUCAUACAAAUUACUGGGGAUAAGAUCUUAGAAGUUGUCAUCAACCGUAUUAAAAUGGCAAAAUACUACUCUGUUUCUGUGGAUUCAGCAGAGGAUUCUUCUCAUACUGACCAACUCACCGUGAUUAUUCGAUACUUAGAAGAAAAUCGACCUGUGGAGCGUUUUGUUACUUUUUUACCCUCAACAGGGCAUAAAGGAGAAGAAAUGGCAGAUGCGCUCCUAGCAUUUCUUAAUAGCGUUGGACUUACCAUACAAGAAUGCCGGGGACAAAGUUACGACAAUGCAAGCAACAUGUCUGGCCACUACAAGGGUAUGCAAGCAAGAAUUCUUAACAUGAAUAAAUAUGCUAAGUACAUACCUUGUUUUGGACACUCAUUAAAUCUUGUUGGAAAGGAUGCUGCAAAUUCGUGUAGUGAGGCUGUAACAUUUUUUAAUUUUGUACAAGCUCUUUAUACAUUCUUUAGUGGUUCAACUCGGCGCUACAAGAAGCUUAAAGACCAGCUUGAUAUGAGAGGCCUCUCUGUGUCCAUGCCAAAAAAGCUAAGUGACACACGCUGGUCAUGUCGUGCAGAUGCUUGUCAAGCAUUAGUCCAUGGCUAUGACAAUAUAAUGGACAUUUUGUUUGAAUUUGCAACUGACAUUGAAGAAAAAUCGAGUGCCGUAAUACUGCAAAGGGACUAUUUUAUCAAAUAAGCAAACUUGAGACAGGGAUUUUUGCAGAAUUCUGGAACACUGUUUUGCAGCGUUUCAACAGCAGCAGCAAAACUCUGCAGUCUGUUCAGCUGAACCUAAAUGCUGCUGUUGGUGUUUUGAAAUCGUUAAAAGAUUUUAUUAAUGAACAGCGUACUAAAUUUGAUGCAUUUGAAGAAGCUGGCAAGCGUCUAACAGAUACUGAGGAGUAUAUUGUGGAACACCGCCGUCUUCAACGUCGGAAUGUCCGUCAGCAGCCACUUGACUAUGGACACAGUGAAGAAGCUCAAUUAACGCCAAAGGAGGCCUUUUAUGCUAAGGCCUUUCUCCCCUGUGUUGACAAACUUUUAAUGUGUCUGGAACAUCGCCUAGGAGCCUACAGUGAAGUGUGUGAUUUAUUUGGUUUCUUUAUAAACUUUCCAGCGAUGGACUCUGAAUCCAUUAACAUUGCAGCAGAAAAGUUGUCUGCUUUCUACAAGCAUGAUCUGGGCACAACAUUUGGUGAUGAACUAAUUCAAUUUCAGUCAUUCAUUUCUCUUUUCCUGGAUGAAAAACCAGACGAUUGCAGCAUAGAGCAAUUCAUGUACAAUACAAUUAAUGACAAGGAUGUAAGAGAUACUUUUCCGAACACGGAAAUUGCUUUAAAAAUCUACCUAACUUUAAUGAUCUCUAACAGUUCAGGUGAACGAUCUUUUUCAAAAAUGAAAUUGAUCAAAAACUUACAACGCACAACCAUGAGCCAGAGCCGUCUCACCAAACUAUCUAUAAUGUCUGCUGAAUCUGAUAUACUUCGCGGUCUUGAUUUUUCCAACAUUACAAAGACCUUUGCUGCGCAGAAAGCACGUAGACUCAUUGUUUAA